CUCCCCUUCAUGAAGUACCGCGAAAGCAGUCAGCAUGAACACCGUCUCUCUGGCUUUGGUUGGCUUCCUAACAAGAUCCGCAACCAAUUCAUCGCCGUCGUGGGCGAAUUUGUCGGAACCUUCCUCUUCCUGUUCUUCGCCUUCAGUGCUACUCAGGUCGCCAACGCUGCUACUGGCAACGCCUCGGAGCAAAACAACGACGAUGGUUCCAUCACCCAAGCCCCCAACACAUCGGCCCUGUUGUACAUUUCUCUGGCUUUUGGCUUCUCUCUAGCAGUCAACGCCUGGGUCUUCUUCCGCAUCACCGGUGGCCUGUUCAACCCGGCAGUCACCCUCGCCCUUUGCCUCAUCGGUGCGUGCAAAUGGGUCCGUGGUCUACUCGUCUUCAUUGGACAGAUCCUCGGCGGCAUUGCAGCUGCUGGAAUCGUCUCAUGCCUCUUCCCCUCGGCCAUGAACGUGUCGACAACCUUGGGAGGUGGCACCUCAAUCGUCAGAGGCCUGUUCAUUGAAAUGUUCCUCACUGCCAUGCUCGUCUUCACCAUCCUCAUGCUGGCUGCCGAGAAACACAAGGGAACUUUCCUUGCCCCCAUCGGUAUUGGAUUGUCUCUCUUCAUCGCUGAGCUCACUGGCGUCUACUUCACAGGCGGCAGUCUCAACCCUGCUCGCUCUUUCGGACCCUGUGUCGUUCUGGGCGUCUUCCCUGGAUACCACUGGCUCUACUGGCUUGGACCCUUCUUGGGAUCCAUCCUCGCCGUCGGCUUCUACAAAUUUAUCAAGGCUCUAGAAUAUGAGACGGCCAACCCUGGACAGGACUUCAACGACAAGGAGGCCGAGGUAUUCCAGGUUGAUGAGGAGACGGCAAACACAGCAGCAGAUGUGGCAAGACCCAACGUG